AUGGAUGCAUUAGAAAGAUUACAUGGGGAGACUUACACGUAUUUUGCUGCUGAAAAAAUGAUUCGGGAUGAUCAUGGAAGGGAUUCGGAUUUUACAACUGAAUUUCUCAAAAAUUUAAGUCCACCAGGAUCACCUCCAUUUAAGCUAGACCUCAAAGUUGGAUGUCCCAUUAUGUUGCUGAGAAAUAUGGCACCGAAAGAAGGCCUUUGUAAUGGUACAAGACUGGUGGUGACGAGGUACGGACGACACGUGAUUGAAGCUAAAAUCAUAACUGGAGAAAAAGCUGUUGAAGUAGUAUUCAUCCCUAGAAUAACUUUUCAACCUUCAGCUUCAGAGCUAAACAUACAAAUGGAAAGACGUCAAUUUCCCAUACGCGUUGCAUAUGCGAUGACUAUUAACAAAUACCAGGGACAAUCGGUGAAGUAUCUGGGCAUUGAUUUACGUACUCCAGUAUUUAGUCAUGGUCAGCUAUAUGUCGCAUUGUCCAGGUGUACUGCUGCAAGGAGAAUUACUUUAUUAUUUCCAAAUAAAUCAAAUGUGUCUUUAGAUCCGGUAACAAAAAAUGUAGUGUAUCCUGAAGUAUUAUUGUAG